AAGUUAGGAAUGAGGUUAUGUCAGAGUCUAUGCCUUCACAAAAUAUCACAGAUGGAGUGAGUGAAGCAGCCAUGCUGGCUGGCCUGUGCAACCAUGAAGUUAAGGAUGAGGUUAUGUCAGAGUUUAUGCCUUCACAAAAUAUCACAGAUGGAGUGAGUGAGGCAGCCAUGCUAGCUGGCCCGUGCAACCAUGAAGUUAACAAUGAGGUUAUGUCAGAGUCUAUGCCUUCACAAAAUAUCACAGAUGGAGUGAUUGAGGCAGCAAUGCUGGCUGGCCCGUGCAACCAUGAAAUUAAGAAUAAUGUUAUGCCACAGUCCAUCCCUUCACAAAAUAUUCCAGAUGGAUUGAGUGAGGCAGCCAUGCUGGCUGGCCUGUGCAACCAUGAAGUUAAGGAUGAGGUUAUGCCAGAGUCUACGCCUUCUCAAAAUAUCACAGAUGGAGUGAGUGAGGCAGUCAUGCUGGUUGGCAUGUGCAACCAUGAAGUUAAGAAUAAGGUUAUGCCAGAGUCCAUCCCUUCACAAAAUAUCCCAGAUGGAGUGAGUGAGGCAGCCAUGCUGGCUGGCAUGUGCAACCAUGAAGUUAAGAAUAAGGUUAUGCCAGAGUCCAUCCCUUCACAAAAUAUCCCAGAUGGAGUGAGUGAGGCCGCCAUGCUGGCUGGCCUGUGCAACCAUGAAGUUAAGAAUGAGGUUAUGUCAGAGUCUAUGCCUUCACAAAAUAUCACAGAUGGAGUGAAUGACCCAGCCAUGUCUAUCGACCUGUGCAACCAUGAAGUUAAGAAUGAGGUUAUGUCAGAGUAUAUGCCUUUACAAAAUAUCACAGAUGGAGUGAGUGAGGCAGCCAUGCUGGCUGGCCUGUGCAACCAUGAAGUUAAAGAUGAGGUUAUGUCAGAGUCUAUGCCUUCACAAAAUAUCACAGAUGGAGUGAGUGAGGCAGCCAUGCUGGCUGGCCUAUACAACCAUGAAGUUAAGGAUGAGGUUGUGUCAGAGUCCAUCCCUUCACAAAAUAUCACAGAUGGAGUGAGUGAGGCAGCCAUGCUGGCUGGCCUAUACAACCAUGAAGUUAAGGAUGAGGUUGUGUCAGAGUCCAUCCCUUCACAAAAUAUCACAGAUGGAGUGAGUGAGGCAGCCAUGCUGGCUGGCCUAUACAACCAUGAAGUUAAGGAUGAGGUUGUGUCAGAGUCCAUCCCUUCACAAAAUAUCACAGAUGGAGUGAGUGAGGCAGCCAUGCUGGCCGGCCUGUACAACCAUGAAGUUAAGAAUGAGGUUAUGCCAGAGUCCAUCCCUUCACAAAAUAUCACAGAUGGACUGAGUGAGGCAGCCUUGCUGGCCGACCUGUACAACGACCAUACUGUCAAGGACGAACUUGUGUUAGGGCCGGAGCACCCACAUAGGCCUGAUUCAAUACUGACGGUUCCCAGCUGGGUGUUAACGGCAUCAACCGCGCGUACUCGCGGCGUAAAACAGCUAAAAAAGUGCUCCGUCGAGCUCGAACGCCUCCAACACCAAGCGUUCACCGACAACCAAGGAACCAAGGGCUCUCAUACUGUCAAGACUGAAGAGGUUAAACAAAACCUUACUCCUGAGAGAAAAGAGAGAGGCAAAAGAGAAUCUAUAUGUAGUAUUUGUGGUGCUGCGUUUGGUCUGAAAACAGAUUUGAUGAAACAUGCCAUGAUGAGACACAUAUAUAUGCCUACAGGGAAGGAGGAAGAGAGACACAGCGUCUCGAACUGUGAGAAAUUGAAGUCUUUGAUGCGUGACUGCUGGGUGAGACUCGAGGGCUGUGACACGAUUCAUCGCGAGCUUGAAUCUAAGAACGUAGAACCGAGCAAACAGGAAACUGUAUCACGACAGGAUAAUGUACCACGGCAGGAAACUGUACCACGACAGGAAAUUGUAUCACGACAGGAUAGUGUACCACGACAGGAAAUGCACUCUGACGCUAUCCAACUUACUAACACAAAUACAUAUGCAUGCGAUACAUGCGGUGAAACAUUUCAAACUGAAAUUGGCCUCAAUAGUCAUGGUAGGGUGCAUCUACAGAAGGUUCAGAUAUUACCAAAUACCAAAUCAGAAUUAUACCACAAACGCAGUCCAAGAAAGAAGGCCUAUGUCUGCGAAUAUUGUAACAAAGUUUUAAAAUCUAAACGUUCCGCAUACAGGCAUGAAUUAGCACACAAAGGACUGAAACUAUACCCUUGUAAUCUAUGUAAAAAAUCGUUCGCGAGACCAGACUACAUAAGGCAACAUAUACGGACGGCACACCGUUUUGACGAAAAAACUUGUGAUAUAUGUCAAAAGAAGUACAAGCAUUCAAAUGCUUUAAAGACCCACAAACUAUUAAUUCACACUGAGAGAAAAUCAUACUCUUGCGAAAAUUGUGGAAAGCAAUAUACAGGAUUGGGCAAUUUUAAGAGGCAUAUAAAAAUUCAUAUAGCAGAACGUAAAUACCAGUGUGAAAUAUGCAAUAAGAAGUAUACUCUAAAGUCCACAUUAGAUAGACAUCAACUAGUUCACACUGGUGAGAAGCCUUACGCUUGUGAAAUUUGUAAAAAGAAGUUUUCACUGCGACAUACUUUAAAAGUUCAUAAAGUAACUCACACGGGAGAAAAACCAUAUUCGUGUCAAAUAUGUAAUAAGCAGUUUUCACAAUUAUGUAGUUUACGCUCACAUAGACGCCUUCACGAGGGUGUAAAACGUUACAUUUGUGAAACCUGUUCAAAACCGUUCAUGCACUUGAGUGCUUUUAAUAAACAUAAACUUAUUCACAUAGGUGUGAAAACACAUCUCUGUGGAAUAUGUGACAGACGCUUUUUGCUAUUGGAUACUUUAAAGCAACAUAUAAAAACACAUCUUGGGAUAAAACCAUACUCGUGCGAAAUAUGUAACAGGGUAUUUACGACUUCUACUUAUUUAAAUGUACACAAACGGACCCACACUGGUGAAAAGCCUUACUGUUGUGAAAUAUGUCAAAAAUGUUUUGCACAGCGGAGUGCUUUAAAGAAUCAUCUAUUUGUACACACAAAACAGAAGCCGUUUUCGUGCGAUACGUGUAAGAUGGGGUUUCGUCGGAAAUAUCACUUAACCGCACAUGUAAGGACUCAUGAGAUAUAAAGACAGAUUUAAACUUUUACGAUUUUCACUCAUUAUUAUUCACAACGAUGGGACUUAAUCGCGUAAAAUUAAGUUCUAAAUUUACCUCCGACGUUCAGUUUUCUCCGAGACCGCGGGGAUAACAUCCUCGAAACGUCGAUGGGCUUUAUUCAUCAUCAUCAUCAUCAUUUCAGCCUAUAUACGUCCCACUGCUGGGCACAGGCCUCCUCUCAUGCGCGAGAGGGCUUGGGCUAUAGUCCCCACGCUAGCACAAUGCGGAUUGGGGACUUCACAUACACCUUUGAAUUUCUUCGCAGAUGUAUGCAGGUUUCCUCACGAUGUUUUCCUUCACCGAAAAGCUAGUGGUAAACAUCAAAUGAUAUUUCGUACAUAAGUUCCGAAAAACUCAUUGGUACGAGCCAGGAUUUGAACCCGCGACCUCCGGAUUGAAAGUCGGAUGUCAUAUCCACUCGGCCAC